AUGUUGCAGCAGCACCACAAGCAGAAGCAACAGCAGCAGCAACAGCAGCAGCAGCAGCAACAGCAGCAACAGCAGCAGCAGCAGCAGCAGCAGCAGCAGCAGCAACAGCAAGCUGGUGAAGAAGGAUGGGAUCUCUUAUGUAAACUCCUCGCCUGGAGCCCAGGUCAGCAGCAGCAGCAGCAGCAGCAGCAGCAGCAGCAGCAACAGCAGCAGCAGCAACAACAGCAGCAGCAGCAGCAACAGCAGCAACAACAGCAGCAGCAGUAA